AUGGUUUCAAGAUAUGAUUUUAUAAAGGAUCUUAAUCCUACAAAGGAGGACUGGAGGAUUAAGGUGAAGGUGGUUCGAUCUUGGCAGGUUCCUAACUUUCAACGUAAAGGUUUAGACGACAAUGUUGAGAUGGUUCUGUUGGAUGAACGAGGUGGAAGGAUCCAUGCCACUGUGAAAGGAACUCUUCAGGUCCGGAAAAAAUCACGGAUGGAGAAAUCAAUUGUUCAACCUAAUUUUCCUGCGAAUGUUUUUGAUUUUGUUGAUUACGAUCUCAUUGAGAAAGAAUCGUCUGAUUCUCCGUAUUUAGUAGACGUCAUUGGUUUACUGUCGGGAGUUGGGGAAGUGUGUGAGCAUCUGGUUUCCGGCAGGAAGACAAAGAUGAUCGUGUUAGAACUCGACAAUCUCAGGGGUCACAAGCUGGAAUGCACUUUGUGGGAGCAUUAUGUGGAUGAGGUACAAAUUUUUUUGGCAAGCAAUGACACUCCUCAUAAGGUGAUGAUUGUUCAACUAGGGAGGAUAAAGGGUUUUAGGGGUAAAAUCGGAGUGACGAAUACAAAAUAUACGACCAAGAUUAUCAUGGAUUCAAAUUUGCCUGAGAUUGUGGAGUUCAAAAAAUGUCUAUCGUCUGAUGGUGUGGAAAGUAGUUUGAGGUUGACUCAAUUGUCUACUCAGUCGUCAUAUUCGUACGAAAGUGAUUUUCUUAAAGAGACCGAUAGAAAGUCAAUCAGUGAUAUCAAGUUGUGUAGUGAGGUAACCACAUGCAUCACUUAUGGGACUAUAAAAUCAAUUGAGAGCAGAUACAACUGGUGGUACUGGUCAUGCAAUAGGUGUCCAUUUUCCGUUUGCGAAGAUUUUGAAAAAUGGUACUAUUUAGUGUUCAAGUCAGAGUUGUGGAUAACACGGAUUCUGCUUCUUUUUUUGCUGUUUGAUCAAGACUGUGUUACUUUGUUGGGAAUGAGUGUUGCUGAGUUGCGCGAGUUGCAUUUCAAAAGGGGUGCUGAUGCAGAAGAGUAUCCCGAGCAACUAAAUGUUCUGAAUGAAAAAUCCAUGUUGUUUAAGAUUAAUGUGAAGGAAAAAAAUUUGAACGCGUACAGUGAGCCAAAAUAUCAAGUAUCUAAGAUUUGUAUCAGCGAGGAGAUAAUCACAGCAUUCCUGAAUGAUUUGGUUGACCCCAAUGUACGAUGUCCAACUGUUCAUAUGAGGUUCGAUGCUGAAGCGUAUACAAACUCUCAGUGA